AUGUCGCCCGACGAUAAAACCAAGCAUUCCAGCUUCUCCCACUUACCCCUCAGCACCAGCGGAUCCAUCGACUGUGCCCUCAACGGAUCCGCCCUCCUCAGCUCGCCCUACUUCAACAAGGGCUCUGCCUUCUCCGCUGAUGAGAGACGCCAAUUUAACCUGGCCGGCCUGCUACCUCAAUGUGUUCAGACGCUCGAGCAACAGGUCCACCGUGCCUACGAGCAAUACUCGUCGAGAUGUGACAACCUGGCCAAGAAUACGUUCCUGACGUCACUCAAAAACCAGAAUGAGGUCUUGUACUACAAGCUUCUGCAAGACCAUAUCAAGGAAAUGUAUGGCGUCGUAUACACGCCUACCGAGGGAGACGCCAUCCAGAACUACUCAAGACUGUUCCGCAGACCAGAGGGCUGCUUCCUCAAUGUGAAUGACCAGGACCGCGUGAUGACCGACCUGGCCCGGUGGGGGGCCGCCGAAGACAUUGACUACAUUGUCGUGACUGAUGGCGAGGAGAUCUUGGGUAUCGGCGACCAGGGCGUCGGCGGCAUCCUCAUCUCGGUAGCCAAGCUGGUACUGACGACCCUGUGCGCGGGGAUCCGCCCGAGCCGCACCCUCCCCGUCGUUCUGGACUGCGGGACCGACAACCAGGAGCUUCUGGACGAUGAGCUCUACCUCGGCCUCCGACAGAGGCGUGUCCGCGGUGUCAGGUACGACGAGUUCGUAGACACCUUCGUCACGUCUGCGAGGAAGCUGUAUCCCAAGGCGUACAUUCAUUUCGAGGACUUUGGCCUCGACAACGCUCGUCGACUGCUCGACCAGUACCGUCCCCAGACAGCCUGCUUCAACGACGACGUCCAGGGGACGGGGUGCGUCACUCUGGCCGCCAUCAUGGCCGGCCUCGAGGCUAGCAGCCAGAAGCUGAGUGACCUGCGGAUGGUCGUGUUCGGCGCAGGUACCGCCGGUGUCGGCAUCGCUGACCAGGUGCGGGACGCCAUGGCGGCAGAGGCCAACAUCAGCCCGGAGGAGGCCUCGAGGCACAUAUGGCUGAUCGACAAGUCGGGUCUCAUCACGACCGAGACAGCCUCGUCGGCCGCGCAGAAUCCCUUCCGCAAGGACACCUCGACGUGGACCGACGCGGGGACCGACCUGCUGUCCGUCGUCGACGCCGUCCACCCCAACGUCCUGGUCGGCACGUCCACCGUCCCCGGCGCCUUCACCGAGUCCGUCGUCCGCACCAUGCACAGGCACGUGUCGCGGCCCAUCAUCCUGCCGCUGUCGAACCCUACGCGACUCCACGAGGCCAGGCCGUCCGAUCUCCUUCGCUGGACGGACGGCCAGGCCCUCGUCGCCACCGGAUCGCCCUUCGAACCCGUCGCCGGACCUUGGGGAUCCGGCGGCGAGGACGUCACGAUCGACAUAGCCGAGUGCAACAACUCGGUCGUGUUCCCCGGCAUAGGUCUGGGGUGCGUCCUCUCGCGCGCCUCCCUCCUCACGGACCGGAUGCUCGUCGCCGCCGUCAAGGGCGUCGCCGCCCUGAGCCCCACCGAGUCCUGCGCCACGGCCCCGCUGCUCCCGGACGUCGUCGACGUGCGGAAGGUGAGCGUCCGCGUCGCCCGCGAGGUCAUACUCGCCGCCGUGGAGGAGGGUGUCUCCACCGUAGAGGGCGUCCCGUCGGCCGCGGACGAACUCGACGACUGGAUCCGUGAGCAGAUGUGGGACCCCAUCUAUAAGCCACUGAGGCCCGUUGAGCUCGCAGGUGCGUCUAGGAGUGCGAGGGGCCAGCUGCGCCAGUUUGGAUCCGUGAUUCGGUGA